AUGGCGCAUCUGCUGAGGGCGCUCUGUGGCUUGACUUUCCGAGAUGCCCCUGUACGGCUGGGGCGGGCUGGGGCGGGUAUCAGCGGCCUCAGCGCGAGACUGAGACACCGGGGCGAAGGUCCUGCUCUCUGCCCCUACACCCCCAACCUCAAACUGAAGACCAGUUCUGAUGACAGCACUUCAGCCACACUGGCCUUCUUUCAUCUCUCUAGUACUCUGGACUCUGUCUUCAGGCUCUUGGUUUUGCCUUUCAGUGGAACCUACCUGAAUAACAAGGAGUCAGGAAUGUAUCACUGUGUAUGCUGUGAUAGCCCACUCUUCAGUUCUGAAAAGAAGUACUGCUCUGGCACUGGGUGGCCCUCAUUUUCCGAGGCUCACGGUACAUCUGGCUCUGAUGAAAGUAACACAGGGAUCCUGAGACGUCUGGACACCUCAUUAGGAUUGGCUCGCACAGAGGUUGUCUGCAAGCAGUGUGAAGCUCAUCUUGGUCAUGUGUUUCCUGAUGGACCUGGGCCCACUGGUCAGAGGUUUUGUAUCAACAGUGUGGCCCUGAAGUUUAAACCAAGUAAACACUGA